GGUUUAAAGUUUUUAAUAAAGUUCAUUAUGAAUCUGCCAGUCAUUGCUUUAUUUCAUAUACAGAAAUGAUGACUCCAACUCGUAAGAGUGGACGGCAGCCGAAGCCCUCUGCCAAACUGAAGGAAUACCUGUAUGAAAAUGAAAUUGAAAAAGUAAAAGAAAGUACACCUCGAACAUCAGAGAAAAAAGCUCCACAGGUCAUAAAAGGUCCAGUUUCUAAGGAGGCCCCCAAAAAGAAGGAAUUUCAACAAACAAAAAGUCCAGUUGCUAAGGAAGCUCCCAAAAAGAAGGAAUCACCUCCAACAAAAACCACUGGACCACGUAUGAUAGAGAAGAAAAAAUAG